AUGGUAACGAAAGAUGAUCUGCAGGAAUGGACCCACCUGUCACACAUACAACUACCACAACUGUGCAGCCCAGCGAUUCCAAGGGUAACCCUAAUCAUAGGUAUGAACGUACCAGCUGCUACAACACCAAUUGAGGUCAUCAGAGGCAACUCGGGAGAUCCUUAUGGUGUUAAGACCCCUGUGGGAUGGGUCAUCUAUGGAGUGCCCGGCAGACCCAAAUCCCAACUUGAUGCGAACUACAUCAACGUACUAGAUGGCUUGACCAACCUGGAAGAUCAAUACAAGCACUACAUGAACUUAGAAUUCAAUGAAAGGUUGGGCGAAAGCCAAGAUGAAAGUGCACUGUCAAGGGAAGACAUGCGCUUCUUAGACAUUGUCAAAGAAACUACAGAGUUUCAAGGCGGUCACUAUCAGAUGGCACUACCACUACAGCGACCCACAGUAAGAAUGCCUGACAACCGCUCGCUGGCAGAAAAGAGAGCUGUUCAACUGAAGCGGAAGUUCGAUAAGAACCAAGAGUUCAAAGAGAAAUAUGUGCAAGCUAUGGAAGAUACCAUAGGCAAGGGUUAUGUUGAAAAGGUUCCCGACAGCCAGAAGUUCAGAAGUGAUGGUAAAGUCUGGUUCAUCCCACAUCACGGUGUUUACCAAGUUCAGAAGCAGAAGAUGAGAGUGGUGUACGACUGCGCCGCAGAGUAUGGUGGUGUUUCCCUGAACCGACAGCUGUUACAAGGGCCAGACAUGACCAAUGGUCUCACAGGUGUGCUGAUGAGAUUCAGACAAGAACCAAUUGCCGUCAAAGCUGACAUAGAGGCAAUGUUCUACCAAGUGAGGGUGAGAUCGGAAGAUAGAGAUCUCCUAAGAUUCCUAUGGUGGCCAGGUGGAGAUCUGAGUCGUGAAUUAGAAGAGUAUAGAAUGACAGUGCACGUCUUUGGUGCAGCAUCGUCUCCCAGCUGUGCCAAUUAUGCACUACGUAGGACAGCUACAGACAACGAACAGCGCUAUCGCUCGGAAGUUACGAAUGCUGUCAGGAAGAAUUUCUACGUCGAUGACUUUUGCAAGUCAGUACCAGAUAAACAAGAGGCCAAGGUCAUCUCGAGGGAAGUGACAGACCUGUUAGCUGAGGGUGGAUUCAGACUCACCAAGUGGGUCAGCAAUCAGCGAGAAGUCUUACGGUUGAUUCCUAGGGAAGAAUGGUCUAAGGAGGUAAAAGGCCUGCAGAUUGAUCAAGAUGUUCUUCCACCAGAGAAAACUCUUGGAGUCUUGUGGUGUAUGGAGAGCGACACCUUCGGCUUCGAGAUCAAUGUGAAAGAUCGUGAACCCACACGUCGUGGUAUACUAUCCAUUGUGAGUUCAGUUUAUGAUCCGUUGGGAAUGGUCAGUGCUGCCAUUAUGCCUGCCAAGUUGCUGCUUCAGGAUCUAUGCAGAUUGAAGUUGAACUGGGAUGAGAAGAUUCCUCAAGAACACCUGCACAAAUGGAACCUUUGGCUGAUGGACCUACCCAAACUAGAAUGCAUCUCAGUAGAUAGAUGCUUCAAGCCUGAAGGCUUUCAGGAUCCUGUUAGUGUGCAGAUCCAUCACUUUGCCGAUGCCAGUGAGAAAGGGUAUGGCGUCGUCAGCUACCUGAGACUACAGAACAGAUAUGGAGAUGUUCAUUGCUCCUUUGUUACAUCCAAAUCAAGAGUGACCCCGUUGAAGCAGCAAUCCAUACCCAGACUUGAACUUACAGCAGCCAGUGUAGCUGUGAGAGUACACAACUUGAUAGUUAGAGAGCUGGAGAUCCCUGUUGACCGGACUUUCUUCUGGACAGACAGUAUGACCGUCAUCAAGUAUAUCUGCAAUGAGACGACAAGGUUCAAGUCUUUCGUGGCUAAUCGACUUACAGUGAUAAGGGACAGUUCUCAUCCAUGUCAGUGGAAGUAUGUGACAUCAGAACAGAAUCCAGCAGACGACUGUUCAAGGGGACUUCCCAUCGACAAGUUCAUUGCCAAUAGGAGAUGGUUCCGAGGACCAGAGUUUCUCUGGCAUGCAGAAGCAGAUUGGCCUUCAACUUGCGUGACCGAGGAGCCAGAAGUAGAUCGGGACCCAGAAGUAAAGCGUGUCAUGGCGGCAGUUCCGAUUGAAAAUCUGCCGAGUCGGUCAAAUGCAGUUAAGAAGCUGAUAGAAUACUACUCAGAAUGGAAUCGUCUGAGGAGAGCCGCAGCAUGGUGGCUACGGUUAAAGAGAUUCCUGAGAAAGAAAAGCAAAGAAGAAUUCAAACAUGACGCUGUGAACAACCUCACAGUGGAAGAAAUAGAAGAAGCUGAAGUGAGUAUCUUGAGAUGGGUUCAACAUAAGGCAUUUCCUCACCAGAUAAAGAGGCUUCAAGAAAUGAAUGAUGGCCCUCAAGAUCUCACAAGGGAAUCUCCAAAACAGCAGAAAGUGGAUAAGCUGUUAGACCAGUUAGACCCAGUGAUGCACAAGAGCUUGAUGAGGGUCGGCGGUAGGUUACAAGCCGCUCAACUCCCAGAGGAAGCCAAACAUCAGAUAAUCCUGCCACAAAGGUGCCACGUGACAGACCUGAUUAUGCAACAUACACACCAAAAGAUUCACCACCAAGGCAGAAAUCAUGUACUUGCAGAGCUGCGCCGGAGAUAUUGGAUUUUGAAGGCAGGAGUGGUCUUGAAGAGUGUGUUGAAGAGGUGCGUGAUUUGCAAGAAAGUCCAAGCUAAAUUGGGUCAGCAGAAGAUGGCAAACUUACCCGCUAACAGGCUGCUAUCUGAGAAGCCAGCCUUCACUAGCACCGGAAUAGAUUACUUUGGCCCCUUCAAUAUCAAGCAGGGCCGCAACAUAAAGAAGCGGUAUGGAGUAGUAUUUACCUGCUCGACCAGCCGAGCAGUUCACAUUGAGAUUGCAGAGAGCCUAGACACAAGCUCGUGCAUAAAUGCAGUGAGACGCUUCAUUGCCAGAAGAGGAAAUAUAAAAGAGUUGAUUUCCGACAAUGGUACCAACCUCGUGGGUGCUCAUGCAGAGUUGAAAAAGGCGAUGAGCGAGUGGAAUCAUGAAACUCUCGAGAAAUUCGCAACUGAUCGUGGUAUCACCUGGAAGUUCAACCCGCCAGCAGCUUCACACUUUGGCGGCAUCUGGGAACGCCAAAUCCGUACCAUUCGGAAGAUACUACAAGCCAUGUUGAAUGAGCAGCAUAUGAGAGUGUGUAGAGAUGAGGAACAGCUCAGGACCUUGAUGUGUGAAGUUGAGUACACAAUUAACAGUAGACCGUUAACCCAUGCGUCUGGUGAUCCUAAGGAUUUGAACGCCAUCACUCCCAAUGAUUUGCUCUUGCUGAGACCGAGCAGUCUAUACGUCGCACCACCUGGUGUUUUCUCAGAGAAAGAUCAGUAUGCGAAGAGGCGAUGGCGCCAAAUGCAGUAUUUGGCAGACCUGUUCUGGAAGCGAUGGUCUAGAGAAUACCUGAUGGAUCUUCAACGGCGCCAAAAAUGGUUGUACCCUCAGAGGAACCUACACCCUGGUGAUGUGGUGUUAGUUGCCGACAAUCAAGCACCGCGCAGUUCGGGCCCCUUGGAAUAG